AAAUAUCUGUCUGUCUGUGUGACUCUCAGAGACACAUUCCCUCUUUUACACCUACACGGCUCUCUCCAAACCUGUCGGACUCCCGGGCAUCCACCAGUUCACAGCCAUGGGUCGCCUGGACGGCAGGAUGAUCGACUACUUUGACAGUGAGCACCAGAAGAAAAUUCCCACACAGGACUGGAUGAAAGAGAAACUGGCUGCAGAUUACUGGGAGAAAGGAACACAGUCCCGCCUGAGCAAACAGCAGUGGUUCAACGUCAACAUCGACAUCCUGAAGACACGAAUGAGACAGAAUGACUCAGACGUCCAUGUUCUUCAGUGGAUGCACGGCUGUGAGGGCAAAAAGCAGCCUGACGGCAACAUUACGUUUUACCGCGGCAAGGACAUGUACAGCUACGAUGGAAACAACUUCCUGUCCUUUGACGACGUCAACCAAGUCUGGGUCGCCCCAAUUGAAGCGGCCCUCCCGACCAAGAGGAAGUGGGAUGGGGUCCAGGUCCUAAAAGAUUACACCAAAGGCUACCUGGAGAACGAGUGCAUGGAGUGGUUGAGGAAGUUCGUGGACUAUGAGCAAAUGCAGCUUCGAACCGCCUCUCCACCUGAGGUGUUCUUGUUCUCUAAGAACACCAAAGUUGAGUCAAAGAUCAUGUUGACGUGCCUGGCCACAGGUUUCUACCCAAAAGACAUCAUCCUGAACAUCAAAAGGAACGGCCGCAUUCUAGCUCAAGAGGACGGAGUGGUUACCUUUGGCGUUCGACCAAAUGAAGACGACACCUUCCAGAGAAGAGACAGUGUGGAGAUUUUAAAGAGUGACAUGUCUAAAUACACCUGUGAAGUGAAUCACGCUGCAUCUGGGUUACAUGUUGAGAAGGAAUGGGAUCCUAAACUCUCUCCUGGACCUGGAGGACUUGGACCCAUCAUUGGUGGAGUUGCAGGGCUCCUGCUCGUGUUGGGCGUAGUCGGUGUGGUGCUGGCUGUCUUGUGCAAAAAAGGCAUAAUUGGAGCUGGAGCCAAAAAAGGCCAAGGGUCAGAUGAGUCUCUCAGCAACGGAGGCUCUGGUGGCUCUGAUUCGCCACUUAUGAAAAGAGUCACUUCCUCUGCCCCUGUCAACGAUGCAGCCAACCCUGCCCAAGGGUCAGAUGUGUCUGUCAGCAGCGGGGACUCCACCAAUUCACCACUUAUGGCCGUAGUUACUGACUCAGGAGCUGGAGCCAGCCCUGCGUAAGUCAAUGGCUCGACUAACACCAGCAGAGAGUCCCAAAGUCUUCUGGAUCAAAACAGACAGAAUAAUGAAGAACAAAGCUAAAUCGCAGAUAAUGUCUUUUCCAUCAGAGUACAUGAAGACUCACUUUGCUCUCCGAAACCAAAUUUACCAAUUCAACAAAUACAUUUACUGUGGGAUACAAAUGUAAAGGGGAAUUUGAAAACCGUGAACCUUCAGUACUAAAACGGCAUCAACCCACUCUUGUGGUGUUGCUCUUUGUACCUUGGAAACAGAUGGAUGAGCACUAAGUAAAAGUUAUAGUGCUUAUCUAAAAUAGUUAAAAGUUGAGUGAGCUUGUUUUUGUCAGGGUUAAAAGAUCGUAGGUCAGGUUUGGAUUCAGGAAAGUGAUUUAGAAAAGUAUGCAAAUAUGAAUUGAGAAAAUCACACUUUUUUAAA